AUGGGAAAGACUCCGCUUGGUCCUAAAGCGAUACGUGUUCUCAGGGCAUUUGACACGCUCGCCGCUGAAAAGCCGCGAAGAGAAAGGCUGUCACACAGCGCGGGACAGAAAGUGCCGAAAAGUCCUACAGGGAAGUAUUUACUCGGACAUUUGUUUAAACGAGCUCAUCAGUGCCUCACGCUCCUCCUUUCUGAUCCGCCCAAGUGCCCGGACGGUCGAGGCACUUUGUCCUCCCUCGGCCACCGUCGGCAGCGCGGUGGGCGGUAUUUUGUCCGCCGGGCGCCGCCGUACGGGAUCUCAGUCACCGAGUUCCAGGCCGCCGGAGCGUGGGGCUUGCGGGAGCCGGCUGGCGUUGCCGGCACCAUGGAGUCGCCUCUCAGCCCCGGCCUCUCUCACCGAGCCGAGGAGGAUUGGGAUUCUGCACUGUUUGCUGAACUUGGCUGUUUCACAGACACUGAUGACCUGCAUCUGGAUGCAGCAAAGGAAACUUACGAAAACAAUUUUGAUAAUCUUGAUUUUGACUUGGAUUUGAUGCCUUGGGAAACAGGCAUUUGGGACAUCAACAACCAGCUCUGCACAGUUAAAGAUGUUAAGGCAGAACCUCAGCCACCUUCUCCGACCCCGUCAAGUUGUUCGGUUUCCUCUCCCCAGUCAGUGGACUCUCACUCUUCAACUCAGCAUGUUCCUGAGGAGUUGGAUUUGUCUUCUCCUUCCCAGAUGUCUCCCCUUUCCCUUUAUGGUGAAAGCUCUCAUAGUCCCUCCUCAGCAGAGCCCCUGAAGGAAGAUAAGCCCGUCGUUGGUCCUAGGAGCAAAACUGAAAAUGGACUGACUCCAAAGAAAAAAAUUCAGAUGAAUUCAAAACCUUCAAUUCAGCCCAAGCCAUUAUUACUUCCAGCAGCACCCAAGACUCAGACGAACUCUGGCGUUCCAGCGAAAACCAUCAUUAUUCAGACAUUACCCACGCUUGUACCGUUGGCAAAGCAGCAGCCAAUUAUCAGCAUACAUCCUGCGCCCUCUAAAGGUCCGACCGUCGUGCUUUCUCAACCUGCGGUCGUACAACUUCAGGCUCCUGGAGUCCUGCCCUCUUCUGCCCCAGUCCUUGCUGUCGCCGGGGGAGCCACACAACUACCUAAUCACAUGGUGAAUGUGGUGCCGGCUGCUGUGGCAAACAGCCCAGUGAAUGGAAAACUAGCAGUGACUAAACCUGUCCUACAAAGUACCAUGAGAAGCGUGGGCUCGGAUAUUGCCGUGCUAAGGAGACAGCAACGUAUGAUAAAAAAUCGAGAGUCUGCUUGUCAGUCCCGCAAGAAGAAGAAGGAAUACAUGCUGGGCUUAGAGGCCAGGUUAAAGGCUGCGCUUUCAGAGAACGAGAAGCUAAAGAAAGAGAACGGAUCCCUGAAGCGACAGCUGGAUGAAGUCGUGUCAGAGAACCAGAGGCUUAAAGUUCCUAAUCCGAAGCGAAGAGUGAUCUGUGUGAUGGUAGUAUUGGCAUUUAUAGUGUUCAACUAUGGACCCAUGAGCAUGUUGGAACAGGAUUCCAGGGGAAAAAAUCCUAGUGUGAAUCCUGCAAAUCAAAGGAGGCAUCUUCUAGAAUUUUCUGCUAAAGAGGUGGAAGACACAUCAGAUGGUAUCAUCCAGAAAAGUAACUACAGAUAUGAUCAUUCUGUUUCAAAUGACAAGGCCCUCAUGGUCCUAAGUGAAGAACCACUGCUCUAUAUCCCUCCGCCUCCUUGUCAGCCCCUGAUUAACACCACAGAAUCUCUCAGGUUAAAUCAUGAACUUCGAGGAUGGGUUCACAGACAUGAAGUGGAAAGGACCAAGUCAAGAAGAAUGACGAAUAAUCAACAGAAAACUCGUAUUCUUCAGGGUGCUCUGGAGCAGGGCUCGAAUUCUCAGCUCAUGGCUGUCCAAUACACAGAAACCACUAGUAUCAGCAGGAACUCAGGGAGUGAGCUCCAAGUGUAUUACGCGUCACCUAGAAGUUACCAAGACUUCUUUGAGGCCAUCCGCAGGAGGGGAGACACGUUCUAUGUGGUGUCAUUUCGAAGGGAUCACCUGCUGUUACCGGCCACCACCCACAACAAGACCACAAGACCAAAAAUGUCAAUAGUGUUACCAGCAAUAAACAUAAAUGAGAACGUCAUCAAUGGGCAGGACUACGAAGUGAUGAUGCAAAUUGACUGUCAGGUGAUGGAUACCCGGAUCCUCCACAUCAAGAGCUCGUCGGUUCCCCCUUAUCUCCGAGAUCAGCAGAGGAAUCAAACCAACACGUUCUUCGGCUCCCCUCCAGCAGCCCGGGAGGCAGCCCACGUUGUCAGCACCAUCCCGGAGUCACUACAGUAGUCUCUGAGGCUGCGCCCGAAAACACGGUGGGACCCUGCCGAGCUGGCGAGCAGGGGACAGACCUGUCCCUGUCUGCCCUCUUGGCGGCUGGCAGAGAGCUGCCUCGCACUGGAGUUCAAGCGAUAGUGACAGAAGUUGCUUCUCACCGUCUGCCCUUCUACUGGCAAGCACUGACAUUCAGACGCCAGGCGGGCCGCCUUUCUCCGGUGGCAGACGCUGCCUGCGUCCUCCGUGGCGGCCCCGUGUCGAUUUUUUUUCCUAUACCUUCCUCAACUGCUUUUCCUUCUGUACUUUUGUGUUUAAAUAGUCAUCGUUAAAAUCAGAUCGUCUUCCCUUCUCUGCCAUUUCACUUACUGAGAGAUUUUUAUUUACAGCUGUACAGCACACUGAUGUUCCCAGCAAUUAGAGUUUUUAUUAAUUUAAAGCCAGUCCAUUGUGGAUAUAGUGCUUAUUGGAAAUAGAUUUCAAAACCAGAACAGUGAAAAAUGCCCCAAGAAGAGUCAAGACAAUUGAGAACUUUAGUAAAAGGGAAAAAAAAUCCCCAUUGGUAAAGUUGGUCUUGGCCAGGGAAUGGUGGCCCCCGCCUGACCCGGUGUGUGCAGAACCGCGCGGCGCCGGCGGACGGCCGAGGGCGGAGAGCGUCAGGGAAGGGCGGAGAGCGCGCUGUGGGAAGGAGCCGGCUCCGUUACGCGCUCAAAACGCUGCAAGUUUUGUUGUGCCCGGAGCAGAGGGUGAAAGCCACGGCAGCCUUCAUUCUAAGGCCGCGCAGGUUAGCGUAUGUGCUCGUAUGUGCGCCUUCCUCGUCCGGUGCAGGUCCGCAGGGACCCUGGGACAGACCCUUCAGCUUUGCUGUGAAUCCCCACCCGUAACACGUAACACGACGAUACCGAAUUCGGCUGAGGGACACGGAGCAUGCUGUUAAGCAGAUGAGUUUUUUCUCCUCAUGAGAACUGACAAGUAUUUAUUCCUCAAGACUCUGCGGACAAGCUGGCUUAGACUCCAGCUCGGGGAGGGCAUCCCACAACACAGCAAGAAUUCCCAGUUUCUCCAGUGAAAAGACAGUGAAGGAAUUGACUUUUUUGUCCUCCCAUGGUUGGAAAAAAAAACAAAACCA